AUGAUCGCCAAACGUGCUCUCUCUACUUUGAUUCCUCCAAAGAUUGUUUCUGCCAAGAACCUAGGUUCCGCUCCAAACGCUCAGCGCAUUUCGCAAGUCGUCCAGUUCUACAAGUCCUUGCCUCAGGGUGCUGCCCCUGCUUUCAGACCAUCCGGCCCUAUCGGUAAGUACAAGGCCAAGUACUUUGAUGGAGACAAUGCCAGUGGUAAGCCAUUGUUGCAUUUGGCGCUCUUCAUGCUCGGAAUGGGUUACUCCAUGGAAUACUACUUCCAUUUGAGACACCACAAGGGCGGUGCCGAACAUUAA